UUGGGAAGCCGGGCGAUCCCGAGAAGCUAAGUGGGAGUGGUGCGGCUCUGCUACAGGGAAUCAUAGAAACCUGAGCUGCAGCAUACUCGGUCUGCUAAUAUUUUCAAAAUGACCACACCAAACAAGACACCUCCUGGUGCUGACCCUAAGCAGUUGGAAAGGACUGGAACAGUACGGGAAAUUGGGUCACAAGCUGUUUGGUCACUCUCAUCUUGCAAACCAGGAUUUGGAGUGGAUCAAUUACGAGAUGACAAUCUAGAAACUUAUUGGCAAUCAGAUGGCUCCCAGCCUCAUUUAGUAAACAUCCAAUUCAGAAGAAAAACAACGGUGAAGACAUUAUGUAUUUAUGCGGAUUACAAAUCUGAUGAAAGCUAUACUCCAAGCAAGAUCUCAGUCAGAGUAGGAAAUAAUUUCCAUAACCUUCAAGAAAUUCGGCAACUUGAAUUGGUGGAACCAAGUGGCUGGAUCCAUGUUCCCUUAACUGAUAACCAUAAGAAGCCAACUCGCACAUUCAUGAUACAGAUUGCUGUUCUAGCCAAUCACCAAAAUGGAAGAGACACCCACAUGAGACAAAUUAAAAUAUAUACACCAGUGGAAGAGAGCUCCAUUGGUAAAUUUCCUAGAUGUACAACUAUUGAUUUCAUGAUGUAUCGUUCAAUAAGGUGACCUGGAACCAGAAGUCAUUAAACAUAUCUUGGUUUUCUCUG